ACAAUCAGUGUGUGUCUGUGUGUGUGUAAGUGAGAGAGAGGUAGAAACAAGAGGAGAGAGGAGCUGGCUGGGAAACAACAGUUGAACAACAAAUCCAGUGUUGCAUGCAGCUUCUCCGGAUACCUCUGCUGUCUUUCUGCUGCCGGUCACUGCACUGAAGACCCUGAUGGAUUAAGGCAGCAGGGGAUGGAGCAGCCUGCCCAAGAAACCCUCCUACUACCUAAAGCUUGCUGAAUUUGAACCUACAGUGAGCUGACAGGAACAAAGCAGAGUCAAAGAUAAUCUCCUUUUGUGCAGCCUUGUGACAGAACAGACUCUGUAAGGAGGAGGAAGAAAAGCAACUACGUUACACGUUGGACAUCCCGUGAGGAUCAAGAGCCUCAGGGUGGCCCGAUCAUGAAACCUUCCAUCUCUGGGGGCUCCCCCUCUGGUCUUCUGCUGGUUCUAAUGUGCUGCCCCCUCCUGGGCUUGGUCCAUUCUGCCAGCAGCAGCAACAAGGCCAGCGAUAACGGACACGCACACCUGGGAGAUGCUGACCCAGACCGCUGCAUGAGGCAUCACUUUGUGGAGACCAUCACACACCCAAUUUAUAAAUGCAACUCCAAGAUGGUGUUGCUGGCGCGCUGCGAGGGCCACUGCAGCCACACGACCCGCUCCGACCCCCUCAUCUCAUUCAGCUCAGUGCUCAAACAGCCCUUCAAGAGCACCUGCUCCUGCUGCCGGCCGCACACCUCCAAGCUGAAGGCGGUGAGGCUGCGCUGCACUGGCGGGACUCGCAUUACGGCCACUUACAGAUACAUCCUCGCCUGCAACUGCGAGGAGUGCAGCUGAGCAGACAGCAGCACCCUCCCAGACCCUCAAGACUCUCAAGAGCCGGCAUUUUUCUUGGCCACAGACCUUCCUCUCAAGCUGUCCAAAGCAUUUUGGUUGAUUAUUGGAUCAGAAAACGGCCCCAGAGAUACUGGUUGUUAACUUGUGAGUGAUAGUUUGGAGCAGUCAGAUCAGCCUCACGUGGGCCUUAAAAUUGACCUACAGCCCUUGGGAAUCAGACAGAACAUACUAUACCCUUUCUAUUAUGUGCAUUCAAUCAGAACAAACAAUGCAAAGCAUAUUUCUUCAGCUCACAAGGCCAGACACCACAAACUGCAGCUCCCAGGAGCCCGCUGGAGACCCUCCUCGCUGCAGAGACACACUGCACUCAUUAUAAGCCUCCGUAAUUCAUAACACACACGCUCAAGAACCACAGAAUGAGAGCUCAUUGCAAAUAUCUGUAACAGCCUUCUCCCUGCUCCAUAAAAAGAAGAAGAAAAAAAAGAAAAGAAGCGUUUGACGACUAAACAAAAUGCCUCGUUAAAAAGCAGCAUGGGAAAGGACAAGCGGGUCCGCGUGAGCCCUGACAUGUGCUGGAUCUACAGUGGAGCACCUGCGUCGUGCUUACUCACCCAGUAACAUUUUACACACUCCCUGCAGACUUUCAUCUAGCUGUGUAAAACAUGACUGAUGCUGACAGGAGAGCUCAUCGAAUGAACAGUAGAAAAAAAAAAGAAGAAAAAAAAAGAGUAGCAUAAGAGGAGCCCAGAGGAUGCAAGAAGACCACUGAUGAAGGUUUUAGCAGCCUCUGGGUCAGCGGCGUGGACUGUCAAUAGACUGCCAAGGGUAUCAGUGCUCAUUUAAAGUAUAACCUGUUCUACUUGGAUCUUUGUGAUGUUCACGUUGACGUUAUUGUAACUGCCGCUACUAUCACGCCGGAUUGAUUAAACUUGCCGCUAUUGCCUGUAACGUAUUGUUAGUAAUGACAUGUCCUGUGUCCAACAUGAUGAAUACAGAACUUCACACUCACUAUUCAUACUCUAUGUGUGCAUUUGUGUAUGUGUGUGUGCGCCGCAGGCUCAUUUGCAAAACUUGUGGUCACUUUAUUUGAAUUGGAAAAACUGUGUUCAAAUUGAGCUUUUUCCAUCAUUAAGGCUUCAGUUUUUUUCAAACCACAAAGAAUUGAGAGCUCACUUUGAGGAUUUGAGCUGAAAUAAGGGGUGGUUGGAAGCACAUAAAGGCCAUGGUAGCUUGAAUUUUAAAUGUUUCAUUCUAAAUGCACAGCAGUUAUCUUCACUGCUUUGGAGUAUGCUAAUUUAUGUCAUACAUGUUCAUUUAAAUCCUGUGUGUCUGGCAUAUACAGCAGGACGUCCUUUCUUUCUUCUUGUUUUGGCUGCUCCCUUUAGAGGGUCACUCCAGCACAACAUCUGCCUUCAUUCUAUCCCUGCAUCCUCCUCUGUCACACCAACCCUCUGCAUGUCCUCCUUCUUUACGACCAUCUUCUCCAUCU